AUAGCUCACCUUCCUGUCUUGGAAAAAAUAACCCUGAAGUUCCCUGCGAUCAGCUGAUCAACACUGACAACAAGGGGAGAAGGAGGAGAAGAGCUUGGGACUGACCCUCAUACCUCCUGGGGGUAUCAGAUCUACACGGUGGGGUCAGAUAUUACAGGAGUUAAAUCUUAUUUCUGCGGAGGCAAGGAAGGAUCCUCCUCGUCCCGUCCCCCCGCACCCCGCACCCGGAUCCUUGCAGUUAAGAGGAGGAGGAGGAGGAGAUUUCUUAGUCAUUAAGACUUGCAGGGAGGAAGAGGAAAGGUGCUGCUGUUUUGUAAGCAACAGCUCUGGCUGUUUUGUUCCUAAAUGUAGCCUGUUGUCUCAUUUGUUUCUUUGCGACUACCCCAAUAUUCUCAUGUAUAGAAAUAUUUACUAGUACUUCAAAAGGAAUAAUAUUAGCUGAACAGUAUUUUCCUACUGUGGUUUAAAAUAAUUUAAGUAAACAACCCGUUAGAUAGGCAUUUUGUCCUUAUUUAGGCUAUAACGGACUGAGGGCUAUUUACUGGGCUUUAAGGCAAGGGCUCGCCUUGAAAGCAAGCCACCCAAAAGUGUAAACAAUGAAGAAAUAGGCCUACUGGAACCUCUUGCCCUCACCCUCGCUGGCUUAAGGAUUGCUUAAAUAAUUUAUAAAUCAUUGUUACUGCCUUGUUUUAAGGUAUUUCAGGGAAAAGAUCUGGGUUGCAUUUCAGAAAUGUAUCAGAUUGUUUUUUGUUUCACAUAUCUAGGACCAUUGUGACUUUAAGCCCAGAGUUCGUUUGGACUUGUCAUUAACUGUAGAAAGCUUCAGAGUUUACAUUUCUUAGGCAAACAAAUAAGCAAACCAGUUAUAUUUGCAUAUCAUGAAACCACUAGAGCACUAACGAUGGGGAAUCAAGACUGAUACAUGAAUUAAGAGGAACACCAACAUUUGCCAAGUUUCUUCCAUAUUAGGAUAGAUACUGAUUUUAGUCUGUUGGAAAACCAAUGUACAUAUCUGUUGAAGCAACAAUUUUAUGAAGCUGACAGUAUAUUGUAUAAAAUGAGUGCCCAGCCUCCAACAGCAGAUAAGGGAUUGAAUACUGCCCUUUUGUGCCAGGAAAGCUAUGCUUGCAGUGGUGUAGAUGAAGCAGCCUUUGAAUGUGAUGAAUGUGGCAGCCUGCAGUGCCAGCGAUGUGAAGAAGAACUGCACAGACAGGAAAGGCUACGAAACCAUGAACGGACCCGAAUUAAAGCUGGCCACGUCCCAUACUGUGAUACCUGCAAGGGUGCUGGUGGGAAUAUCAUGCAGAGCAAUGUGGAAAACUUCAGACAGAGGGCAGCCGUAAGAUGCCAAGCGUGCAAAAUUAACCUGUGUGUAGAGUGUCAGAAGAGGACUCAUGCUGGUGGUAACAAGAGAAAACACCCCAUUACUGUGUACCAUGGUGGCAAACCUCACGAGCAGGAGGAGACAAUGGAUGAGGAGGCCAGAAGGAAGAAGAUGACAGAAAAUGUUGUAAGCUUUCUGCUGGUGGAUGAAACAGAGGAAAUACAGGUGGCAAAUGAAGAAGAGUUCAUCAGGAAACUGAACUGCAAGCCUGACCAGCAUGUGAAGGUGGUGUCUAUCUUUGGGAACACUGGGGAUGGAAAAUCUCACACACUCAACCAUACGUUCUUCUAUGGCCGUGAGGUAUUUAAAACCUCCCCAGCCCAGGAAUCUUGUACAGUUGGAGUUUGGGCAGCCUAUGACCCUGUUCACAAAAUGGUGGUUAUUGACACAGAGGGUCUUCUUGGAGCUACUGUGAACUUAAGUCAGAGAACCCGACUGCUUCUGAAGGUCUUAGCCAUUUCGGACCUCAUCAUCUACCGCACUCAUGCUGACAGGCUUCACAAUGAUCUCUUCAAAUUUCUUGGAGAUGCGUCAGCAGCAUACCUAAAACAUUUCACCAAAGAGCUGAAGGCAACCACAGCCCGUUGUGGUCUGGAUGUUCCAUUAUCCACUUUGGGUCCUGGAGUGAUUAUCUUCCAUGAGACUGUGUACACGCAGUUACUGGGUGCUGAUCACCCUUCUGAGGUGCCUGAGAAACUAAUCCAGGAUCGGUUCCGGAAACUUGACCUCUUCCCUGAAGCCUUCAGCUCAAUCCACUACAAAGGAAUAAGGACACAGAAUCCCCCAACAGAUUUCUCUGGACUCAGGCAUGCUGUGGAGCAGCAACUAGAAAAUAAUACCACCCGUUCUCCACGGCCUCCUGGAGUCAUCUACAAAGCACUCAAGGCACUGAGUGAUCGGUUCUGUGGUGAGAUCCCAGAUGAUCAGAUGGCCCACAGCUCCUUCUUUCCAGAUGAGUAUUUCACCUGUUCUUCUGUCUGUCUCAGCUGUGGGUGUGGGUGCAAGAACAGCAUGAACCAUGCAAAAGAAGGGGUGCCUCAUGAAGCCAAGAGUCGCUGUAGAUACACCCAUCAGCAUGAUAACAGAGUGUAUACCUGCAAGGCCUGUUAUGAACGUGGGAAUGAGGUGAGGGUGGUGCCCAAGACAUCUGCUUCUACUGAUUCCCCUUGGAUGGGCCUUGCCAAAUACGCCUGGUCAGGGUAUGUGAUUGAGUGCCCCAACUGUGGAGUGGUGUACCGCAGCCGACAGUACUGGUUUGGGAACCAAGAUCCUGUGGACACUGUCGUGAGGACAGAGAUUGUGCACGUCUGGCCAGGAACGGACUGCAGUCUGAAGGACAACAACAAUGCUGCACAGCGCCUCAUAGAUGGGAUGAAUUUCAUGGCACAGUCAGUGUCUGAACUGAGCUUGGGACCCACCAAAGCUGUGACCGCUUGGCUGACGGAUCAGAUUGCUCCAGCCUACUGGAAACCGAAUUCCCAGAUUCUGAACUGCAGGAAGUGUGGCAUAUCUUUUAAAGAUAAUGACACCAAACAUCAUUGUCGGGCUUGCGGAGAAGGCUUCUGUGAUGGGUGCUCAUCCAAGACCCGCCCUGUCCCAGAACGUGGCUGGGGGCCCACACCUGUGCGAGUGUGCGACAGCUGCUAUGACAAUGGGGGCGUUCAGUUAGGUAAUCCCAUCCUAACUAUAUUAGAUGUGCCUGAGGCGCCAACAGAAGAAGAAGGGGGGACAGUGAUUGCCAGAAAAGUUGGUGAAGCUGUGCAGAAUACUCUUGGGGCUGUUGUGACUGCCAUUGACAUCCCACUGGGUCUUGUGAAGGAUGCAGCUAGACCUGCUUAUUGGGUGCCUGACCACGAAAUCUUACACUGCCACAAUUGCCAGAAGGAGUUCAGCAUCAAGUUGUCAAAGCACCACUGUCGUGCCUGUGGCCAAGGGUUCUGCGAUGAGUGCUCCCACGAGCGCAGAGCUGUCCCUUCCCGUGGCUGGGAUCAUCCCGUCAGAGUCUGUUUUAAUUGCAAUAAAAAGCCUGGUGACCUUUAACCCCAACUCCUUUUCCGGGUCCUCCAAAACACCAUAGCUUCUCAGGGUUAGACAGAACAAAACUCAAAACAUCACUGUUUUUAAGGUUUCACAGUCAGAGUGCAUUCUCCGGAUCACUCACCUCUUUCUCACAUCUGGAUUUCAAUAAGGUCGCUGAGCAGCAGACAGCCAAGACGAGGCUCAAUUUCAAACUGGCCUCAAAGGCUGUGAUUGGGUUGUGUGGAGAAGCUUGCAGUAAAAUGAGGAAUCCAAAACCCCAUGUAUUAUAUAUCUGUUAAAAAUAUGUAUCUCUCUAUAUAAUUUAGUGUACUAAGAAUGCAGCUGGCUGAUGACGCUUUGAUGAUAUUCAGAAGUUAAAACAAAAAUGAACAGAACUGGGUGGUGUGUGUGUGUGUGUGUGUGUGUGUGUGUGUGUGUUUGGAAGUGUCAUGGGUCAACCACACAGCCUCUUGAGUGCCUUGGAUUUUUUUUGUGUAAAGCAUUGCUGCUUACAGCAUCAUAGGUUUACAAAGGCUUUGAUCAGCUUGAAGUAACGACCGUUUGUAAUCCCUGCUUUUGGAUGGGGAGUCCAAGGGCUUUCAGCAGCUCCCAUAUUUAUUUUAUCCCAGCCUAUUUCUGUUCCGUUUUUAAAACGUUGUAAGCUUAGUUUUCCCAGGGCUGAAAACCCUCCAGAGAAACUAGGAGGAAUCCCCUGUCUUUACAAGGAGCUGCUCUGUUUGGGUCUUGCUGAAAUGUGUGCUGCUAUAGAAAAUGCUGCAAAUGUUUGAGAUCAUAAAAGGACCCUGUGUUAAAUGAAGCAGAAAUGUAGGGGAAAAUCAAUUGAUGGGGCACAAAACAUGAAGCUAUACUAACGGCUAUUUCAGCUUUACUUUGGGCUGAUGAGGUCAUUCUACAUGUCCUCAUUCCGAUGUGCUUGGUUUUGCUUGAGACAGGCUCUCAGUUCUGCAACGAAACUUUCCAAGUAAAUACUAGGGAAGUUCUCAUUACUUGCAGUAUAACAAUUGCUUAGCAUCCUAGUCACUAGCUGGCUAUAAACUGACAUGGGUGGAUUCUUAAAGGUGUCUGUGUAAACUACUCUUAAAGCACUCAGAUAGAACAAACUAGAAAACAGUGAUGUUCUUCGGAGCUUAACGGCAGAUGACACUGGGCAUUAUUCUUUUUGAAAAGCCCUGUAUUGAACCACUUUGAAGCAGUGAUCAAACCACUGAGUAAACGUACAACAUUAGGCUUUUCUGUGGAUCUCAGCUUCCAUGAUAACAAACAAGAGACGAUCAGAAGCUUAAUCAGAACGAAGAAUGAAUCCCUCCCUCCUUUUGGCUCCUCUGAGUAUUGCACAUUCCUCGGGUGGAGAUUUGUCUCCAUUCAUAAUGGCUGAAGUUUGGCAUGAUAUCCUGGCACUGUUGUUGCUCCCGUCUAUUAAGUAUAUCCUUGUAUUCCUUGAUGAUUGAAACCCUAUUUUAGAACUGUAUUAUUAAAUUAAGUGCUAUAAAGGACUAUCUCUUCUGAACAAGUGUGCUGACGUCUUCUGUGUACCUACCUAAUCUUGCUCUGUCGCUGAAAGAAAGAGGCAGAAACUGGCUUGCAUGCCAAACCAGAACUGGAUUAUGUAGUAGUAAAUCCCUGCUCUCUGAACUUCACAGGAAUUAAUAUGUAUUUUGUAACUAGAAGCUGGCCAUUUUUUUCCAGGGGAUAGAAGUAGUAUAAGAGCCCUCUUGUAGAGAUUUUUCAGCCUAGGUACUGCACUUUGAAGUGUUUUUAAUUUGACUCUGUGGUGGAAAAUACAAGUGGGUCUUGUUUGUAGUUCAUGCCCUGUAUGUUCCUCAUGCAUGUAGCUAUUCUACCAUGUUACUGCACAUGCAAAAACAUCCCUGACAUCCCUUGUAUAAAAUCUUCACUUGUAAGCUUCUGUUCCAUGGAGUUGUCUGUUUUUGUUUUUGUUUAGCCACCACAGAACUACCUCAUUCUCUUAAAUUGCUUCUACAAUGCAUGUCAUAGUAGACUCGAUGUAUCUAAUGACAGACAUAAAAACCUGUAAGCUGAUAAAGACUUA